AUUGGGCUUCCAGUGGCGGCAGGGGCGUUGCUGCCCUUCACGGGCACCAUGCUCACCCCCUCCCUCUGUGGGGCCCUCAUGGGAGUGAGCUCUCUGGGAGUCAUGGCCAACUCUCUCCUGCUGCAGAUUACUUACAAGGCUCCUUCGUUACAAAAGACCGACAAUGCGGUUCGUGGGUUGCCCUCGUUGAAUUUUUGGAAGGAUGUGAAGGGGGAGAGGGGAAGAGGGAAGAAGGGUGGUGGUGGGGAUGAUGGGGAUGUGGAGAAGGGUUUGCUCGGUGGUGUUGGACAAGGAGCGUAA